AUGGAUGAAGUUGCUGAAGCAGUGGUUAUUGUUGUUGCUGGUGAAAUACUGUUGGGAGAAAAUUUAGAACCCCUGUUAGAACCACUUUCCGACCCCUGGUCUGAAGAAGAAGAGAAGAAACAUGGUGAAAAGGAAGAGAAGGUGACUGAUGAGAAAGAGCAUGCUUGUGACUGUGCCAUGAUGGCUGCAGCUAAGACACCCAGCAAGAAUUCUGGAAAAAAUGCUAAAUUGGAAACUAAGGAUAAAAAGCCCUUAGCCAUCAGUUCUUGUAUAAAGGGUGUUCCAGUCAAAAUAACACCUCAAACCAUUUCAGAGGUAUUUGAACUCAAUGAUCAUCAAGGUAAAACAUCUUUCCCUAAAACAGAGUAUCAAACUGAUUUUCUUGAAAGAGGGUAUGAAGAGGAAAUGAAAAAGGACACUUUACAAAAAGAGGGGGUUGAUAAACUGGACACAUCAGUUGCAGAUAGUAAGUCUAUGCUGCAACAGUUGUUACAAGCACAAAAGGCAACACCCACUACUGCACCAGCUGCAACAUCUACUCCAUCAUUUGCUCCUACUCCCACUAAGCUUUGGGAAUUAUUUCAACCUCUGCUUCACAAACAAAGAGAAUAUGCUGAUCAACAACAUGAAAUUCAAUUUCAAAAGAUUAGAAAUUUAAUGGAAGCUAGGUUCAUGAAUACACAAGCAGACAUCAAGGCAAUCAAGGCCCACUUGCUGAAAACCGUUGAUAAAUCUAGUAUGCUUGCAGAUCUCCCUAGGCCAGAUGGUUCCAAAAAGGUUGAUGUAACCUUAAAUGCUUUUGCUGAUGAAAAAGCAAGGCUGAAAAAGGAUAUGGAGGCAAAAGGUAAAUCAAGGUUUGAGCAGGAGAAGAAAGUUUUUAUGGAGAUGGAAGAACAGGGUAUUUCUGAGCCCAAGGAUGAUGAAAAUCCUAAGCCUAAAAGAAAACAACCCACUAGAAAAGUGAGAAAGGAGAUCAAAUCCUUCUACUCUGAGGAUGAUCCUGCUAAAAGGAGUCUGCCAUCUCUUCAAGGAUAUCCUAGGCCAAAUAACAUAGAAGAAUAUCUGAAGUUAAAGGCUCAACAAGCAGAGGAUAUCUCUAAAAGAAAUUCACAGGGAAAAUCUGACAAGGAGAUUCAAAGAUACUAUCAAUACCUGCUCACUCAGGUCAGUACUUUGGAAAGGUUUUCAAAAGAUCUUUUUCAGAAAUUAUCAGAAAGAGAUGAUGAAAGCCUGAGAAAAGAUUACAUUAAACAUAUUAUGGCAUUCAAGAAAUACAAGGGAGAAAAGGCUCAAUAUAAAGAAUGGACCCUUGGUGAACUCAAAGAGGAGUUAGAAAGAAUUGAAAAGAUGAACAAAGACAAAGUAAAACACACUCCUCCUAUUUGGUCAAAGUACAAGAAAAAUGUACCAGAAAAUACUUUAAAGCUGAAGAGAAUGAAACAGGAGUUGAUAACAGCUGAUUUUGGGUCAAGGAAUCAGGUCACAAGAUGGUCAGAAGAUAAAGUCAUAGCCAAUUACAAAAAGUUGGAAGAAUUGAGAAAGAAAAAUCCAAAUGUUCCUCAAAAGCCUGAUUAUCCUGAAGCAGUGGUUCCAGCUAAACCACAAAAGCUACAAAUCAGGAGAUCCACUACUUCACCUGCUGCUAUCCUUUAUCAAAGAAGGAAACAAAAGCAGAUGGAUGUAGAAACAGAAGAAGAUAUAGCACAAGGGGAUUACAUUAUAAAAAUGAACUGCCCAGAUCAUGGCGUACAAAUGUGGGAGUUACUUAAUGCCUUCCACGAGGGGUUGAUACCAGAGGAUGCUCGUGAUCUCAGCUCUAUAUCGAAUGGCACAUUCGGUACAAAUUAUGAGCAUAUAGACUGA